CUCACCGCGGUGGACGUCGUGCUGCGCCACCAGUCAGCUGUUGCAGGUGUGCAGGAACUCCAGCCCAUGAUCACGAGCUUCCUGGGGCCGCCACCGAGUUUGUCGCUUCGGGAGUCGGCCAAAUACUCGAGCGUGAGACUCUGCGACUGGAUCUGGGAGUCGAGCUGCACUUCAGCCGCCGAGCGGACGUCAAGCUGGAGUCUCACCAACUAUCUGCGGUCCGACGUUCACUACUACGAGUGGCAGUUCGAGCGGGUAUUGGAAAAUGCGGUUGCUAACGGGGACACGCCUCUUGUCGAGUGGCUGCUGACCCAUUUUUCGGGUUGCAUGGUACCGGAAGAGGCAGUCAUCAACGCAGCCAUUCACGGGAACGUGAGGAUAUUGCAGAUGAUG